AUGGACUCGCUGUGGCGGCUCAAGCGCUUCGAUGCCUUCCCCAAGACCCUCGAAGACUUUCGGGUGAAGACGUGCGGCGGGGCGCUGGUGACGGUGGUGAGCGGGCUCAUCAUGGUGCUGCUCUUCUUCUCGGAGCUGCAGUUCUACCUCACCAAGGAGGUUCACCCAGAAUUAUAUGUUGACAAAUCAAGAGGAGAUAAACUGAAGAUCAAUAUAGAUGUUGUCUUUCCACAUAUGCCUUGUGCUUAUUUGAGCAUCGAUGCAAUGGACGUAGCAGGAGAACAGCAACUGGAUGUAGAACAUAAUCUGUUUAAACAGCGUUUGGAUAAAGAUGGCAAUCGUGUGACACCAGAGGCUGAAAGACAUGAGCUGGGAAAAGAAGAAGAAAAAGUGUUUGAUCCAAGUUCUUUAGAUGCUGAUCGUUGUGAGAGCUGUUACGGGGCUGAGUCAGAGGACAUCCGGUGUUGUAAUACUUGUGAUGAUGUCAGAGAAGCAUACAGGCGGCGAGGAUGGGCCUUCAAGAACCCAGAUACCAUAGAGCAAUGCAAGAGGGAAGGGUUUAGCCAGAAAAUGCAAGAACAAAAGAAUGAGGGCUGUCAAGUGUAUGGUUUCCUAGAAGUCAACAAGGUAGCUGGAAAUUUUCACUUUGCACCAGGAAAAAGUUUUCAGCAGUCUCAUGUACAUGUGCACGCUGUUGAGAUUCAUGAUCUCCAGAGCUUUGGACUUGAUAAUAUCAAUAUGACACAUUACAUCAAACAUCUCUCAUUUGGAAGAGAUUAUCCAGGCAUUGUGAACCCUCUGGAUGGGACAGACGUCACUGCACAGCAAGCUUCCAUGAUGUUUCAGUAUUUUGUCAAAGUGGUCCCCACAGUAUAUAUGAAAGUAGAUGGUGAAGUGGUAAGGACAAACCAGUUUUCAGUUACACGGCAUGAGAAAAUAGCCAAUGGGCUAAUAGGAGACCAAGGUCUGCCAGGUGUGUUUGUGCUCUAUGAGCUUUCUCCCAUGAUGGUGAAGCUAACAGAGAAACACAGGUCCUUUACACAUUUUCUUACGGGAGUCUGUGCUAUUGUUGGAGGCAUAUUUACAGUUGCAGGAUUCAUUGACUCCUUGAUUUAUCACUCAGCACGUGCCAUCCAGAAGAAAAUUGAACUUGGCAAGACAACAUAAAUAAGCCAUGACCUCACUUAAAACAAACAAACUAAAACCUCUAAGGAGAGCUAAAUAGAUUUUUUUUCCAAACUACAAGUGAUCCUUGUGUGCCCAAGACCUACAGAACUACAAGAACUGCAAGUGUGUGCCCAAGAGAGGAGAUUCAGAAGUACCAGACAGCCCCAACCACUCUUACAUUACUCUGUCAUCAUUCUUUGUUUGUCAUUAGUUUGUGGGUGGAACAGCUUGAACUUUGCUGCUGCAAGGAUGUAUUACCCGUCUUGUCUGGCUCUCCACACUCCGUUGUACCAGCCCUUUUGUGUCCGUCCAUGUUCAUCAAAUUUGCCUCCCAAAAGAGCUGCUGGAGAUACUGCAUGGUGAUGGUUUCCAGGAAUAAGGUACUACAUUAUCAUGAAACCUAGAGUUGAUUGAAGAUGCCAUGGAAAAAAAAAUCUGGCAACACUAUUUAUCUGUUUUCUUUUUUUCUGUUUGUUAAAAAGAUUUCUGAGUGUGCUUAUGCACAUGUCAGAUCUCUGAAAAUGUGCUGGAUCCCUUGUGCUUUUCUGUUGACAGGGCUGAGUGAUGUGGCGAGAACUGGCACACAAGAUGUGCUUACAGCACCAUGGGGCAUUGCAGUGUUCUCUGGCUCCAAAACACUCUCUUUUUAUAAAAGGUGCAAGUUGAUGUUUCAGUAAAAAACAAAAACAAAAAACACCAUUUGCAGUUUUAAUUAAUUUUUAAAUUGGAUUGUGUUUUUCACUUCCUCUCUGUUUCUAUUUUAUAAUAAAGUUAAACCUCUAUGGGUUUUGUUCAAGCAUUUAGAAGAACAAUUAAUUUAUUUGAAUCAGUCCUAGUAGUGAGUUGUUACUGACC